UGCUAAGCAACCCACAGCACAACACAGGGCUACUAGCCUCGAGGUUGAAGCUGAAUGAUCUAACCUGAUAAGUUUAUGUGAAUUUGCUACUUAAAGUGUUUCCAGAACUUUCUGCUACAAAAAAAAUGGCUAACGCGGUCAUGUCGGGGCUUUUGACUGAGAUUGGCUGGGACAGAAAAUUCGCCAUUCCAGUGUCUAAUACCGAGAAUAAAUCUUUGGAGGAUAAGAUCCAGAGAAAACAGAAAGAUCGAGCAAAUGUGGAAAACAGAGUGAGCAAGCUCAAGGACCGGAUCAGUGCCAUGACUGAGCAUACGAAAAACGUCCAGCAAGAGCGCAUUCACUCUCAGGCCCUGUGUAGGGCUGUGGAGAAGCAAACGGAGUCCGGGCUGCAUUUCAAGGCCUUGUCCGACAGAGAGAAGGGACGGCUUCGUCAGGAGAUUUCUCAACAGCAAAGCGAGCUCAAAUCGCUGCGAGAGAGGAAGAACUCAAAGGAGAACAACAUCUUCAAAGCCACACAGAAGAUAGAGGUCCUCAAGGGGCAGGUGAACAUGGACCAGCAAACUUUGGACGCCUGGUGGGAGGAAUCGGCUCGCAAAGACGAGGACAUCAUGACCAUCGUCAAGUACGCACAGCAAGAUGAGAGCAGGAUUCGAGAGCUGACUCUGAACAUAGACAAGCAGACGCUGGAGGCAAACCGCAAGAGAAAAGCUUUGGAAAAUGAGGCCACUGAGACCAUCAUGGCACAGGUGGCUGUGGAGAAGACGGCCGAGCUGGUGCAGCAGGCCAACGUGGAGAGACAGGAGCUGAUCACACAGUGGGAGAACUCUAUCGCGCAGAUGAGGAAGAAAGACCAGGAUCUACAGCAGUGUGCUCUGCUGCUGGUGGAGAUAAACCAGAUGAUCCGUGAACGCAAAGCACUGCUAAACGAGAAGCAGAACUUCCUAGCUUACGAGGUGGACAACAACAAGGACUGCGAGAAGAAGAUCGUCGCAGCCGAACGCCAGGCCAACAGGCUAUGGCAACAGUUUCAGGAAGAGGAGAGCAACCGCACUCGACUGCAAGAUGAGCUGGUGAGCCUAAAGGGCAGGGUGGAUCGCACUGCUACAGACCUGGAGGCUAAGAGAUCCCACUUAGCGAGCAUCAAGAAGGACAUCAACAUUAAAACAGCAAAAUUGGAGGAUACGCAGCAGUACAUCAUUGCUCUCGAAGCGAAGUUGCAGGGCGUGACGGAGGAAGCUCUUAGCGUGGAGGAGAGAGCCGCUCAGAUGGAAAAGCUGCACCGAGACCAGGAGAAACACCUCAAAGAACUUGACACUCAACUCCAGCGGGAAAACAAGCUCCUCUUCCAGAAAACGCAGGAGCUACAGACGCUGAGAGCAAAAGAGAAAAAUGUCAUAGCAGAUAUCUCAGGCAGUCGUGUAGCUCUGUCCAGCCUGGACAACCGCCUCAGUAAACUGGACCAAAAUGUUCUCAGGCAGCAGGACUACAUCAACAACCAGGAAUUCCAGAUCCAGUAUCUGGAGGGGAAGAUGGCCCGUCUGAGUGGCAACGUGAACGAAGAGGAGAAACAGGUUCUGGAAAAUCAGGUCUCUGAGCUGAGUGCGGUAUUGGAGGAAAAGAAAAGGGCAGCUGACUUGCUUGCAGCACAGCUCAAGAAGCUUCAGAAUGAUAUCCGUUUUGUGGGGAAAGAGAAUGAGAAGACGGGGGCAGAUAAGCAAGACCUGACCACAAAGAUUGAGGAAUUGAACCUCGUUGAUGACACCUUGAACAAAGAGCUGAAGAGACUUUGUCUCAAGAAACAGGACAGCAUAGUGGAGAACAAUAUCCAGCAGCUGGAGGUGAAGCGUCUCAGGACCUUGCUGUAUGACAGGGCGGAUGGCGUCCUCUCUCAGGAGAAGAGGAAGCUGCAGCUUCGGACAUCCAUGAAGGAGCGGCAGAAGGAGAUCUGUGUGCAUCGGGAAAUGUGCACCAAGCAGCUGAAGAUCACUGAGCAGGAGAUACAGCGUCUCAGUGCCCAGUUGCAUGAACGACUGUCCAAAGUUGACAAGAUGAAGAAAAAAUACGAGAUCGUCAACAUUUCCAUGGCUGCACCAGAGGGCGAGGAAGACAAAUCCCAGGCCUAUUACAUUAUCAAGGCAGCUCAAGAGAAGGAGGAGCUUCAGUGCAAGGGCGACGAUUUGGACGCCAAGAUCCGCAUAGCAGAGAAAGAGAAUAAGGCGUUGGAAAAUACCGUGCACCUGCUCAAUAAUCAUAACAGCGCCUAUCGUAAAUCCUUCAACAAGGUUACAGAGUCCAGCCCCGAGUAUCAAGAGAAAUUGAAGUUAGAGGAACAGAAAAGGGCGGCGGACGAGAAGGGCAAGUUCAAGAGACGCCAAAUCAGAGAGCUGCAGGAAAACUUUGAGGUCAUGAGCAGCUCACUCAACAGCCUGCAGCAAGAAGAAGCUGCUCAGAGACAAAAAAAUGCAGAUCUGGAAGCACUAAUUGUCUCUUUCAAAGCUGAGCUCAUUUCUCAGCAGGAAAAACAGGACAGGGCUACCAAGCAGUCCUUAAAGCUGACAAAGGAGGUCCGCUCUAGCAAAAACACCGAAGAGGAGACCUUUGAGGAACGUGACCUCAAUCAAAAAGUACUGAAAGACUGCAAGAAGACGGUCAAUAAGCUGUUUCUGGAAGUCAUGGAGCAGCAUCCUGACCUCCAGGAGACGUUACAGACGUACUUCAUGCAGGCCGGGCUUGCUCUUCCCUCUCCUGCACCAACCCCGUCGAGCAGGAGUUCAAAGCUGAGUUCGGCACGUAGCUCCGUUUCUCUCAGAUCUUCCAGAUUCUCCGGGCCAUCAGCAGCUAACAGCGCCAGAGGCUUGGCAGUUCACUCGCCCUCCGUAAAGAAGAUUGAUUUAGGCCUUGGACUUGCCGUUUCCUCUGCUCUUUCACCUCAGUCUCUGGGCAGUGACAGCAGCAGGAGCAGUAACAGCAACAGGAGCAGUAGGAGUAUCAGAAGCAGCCAUCUCAAAAAUCCUUAAUCAGUACUUUAUCGGCUCUUGGGAAAUGCUCUGUGUGAUACAGAAUAUUUGUGAGAUGCUUAAGGUUUAAUGCAUAACUGUUUCAGUUAUUGCUAUACAUAAAUUCUUCUGCAGGUCUUUCUGCAAUGCUGAGAAUGUAGGUUUCAUUUUCUAAACAAUUGUCUUCAUUUCACUACGUCAAAGCCAAAUAUUUUCAUACAGAAACACCUCUCCAGGUAUAUUGUCACACAGCAUUUGUCCUACAAUUUCAAUUAUUUUUUAAUUAAGAAGGUAUGACAUGUCUGUCAUUUUUAUCCAUUUACUGUCCAGUUUAAAUUAGAAUACUUUUAAUGUUGGAUGUCCACAGAACACUUAUAGCAGUGAUAAACAUUAGCUUAUGAAUCAGCUUCCUUUUCUUUUCUAGGUUUAAGACAGAACAAAUUCAGGGUGUAUUCGAUCCUUGGAUGUGAAAAUUAAAGUUGCUUAAAGUUUUUGAAUCACUUACACUGGAGAAUAAACUCCACACCUACACAUACAAGUCUUCUUGAACAUGUGGUUGCUAUGGAAACUGAAUAAUAAAACAAUUGCAUUAAAAUAAAGCUGUGAUUUGAAUUACAUCCAGAAUUACUAUCAGAGCUGCAGUUAAAUAAAAAUAAAUCAACACCCUUUAAUCAGAUCAAAAUUGAGAACUCAACGUCUUACAGUAUAUUGCCAAAAGUUUUCAAAUCAUUGAAUUCAGGUGUUGUUUUUCAGGGGUGGUCUCGGCCCCUUAGUUCCAGUGAAAGGAACUCCUAAUGCUUCAGCUUCAUACCAAGACAUUUUGGACAAUUUCAUGCUUUGCUCACUCAUCCAUGUCUUUAUGGACCUUGCUUUGUGCACUGGUGUACAGUCAUGUUGGAACAGGAAGGGGUCAUCCCCAAACUGUUCCCACAAAGUCAGGAAUAUGAAAUUGAUUUGACAUUAAGAGUUCAUUUCCCUGGAACUAAGGGGCCGAGCCCAACCCCUGAAAAACAACACCUGAAUUCAAUGAUUUAGAGGGGUGUCCCAAAACUUUUGGCAAUAUAAGUGUAUAUUCGUGAAUUUUUUACAUAAAAUCAGUGUUGUUACAUUUAAAUUCAAUACAAUUAUUUUACUCUGAAAUGCAAACGAAAUCAUAUCAUCUGUUCGUAUCUGUUCAGCGUUUAAAGAAAAGGUGGCCUGUGUGGAAUAAUACUUUAACCAUGGGUGGAGUUUGUGCACCUGAUUUACUGGAACUGCCGCUGUUCCACGUCACCAAGUAUGAAAGUUGAGAACGAGUUCCAUCAGAAAGUGGUUAUAAGAGAUACUGACGGCAACAAUACACACACACACUCACACACACCGACGUACCUCAGUCAGCUGUAACAGCCUCAGCGGGAAACAUGUUACUCUUAAUCCUUUUAGUUGGAGGGGUUAUUUUCACAGACGGGACAAUCGCUCAGAGCUCAUCGGUCGGAAUCUUCCCUCCUGCUGAGACCUCAUCAACCACGACCACUACACCUCCCACCACUACCACUACCACUACACCGCCCACCACUACCAUUACACCUCCCACUACAACCACUACCACUACACCUCCCACCACUACCACUACACCUCCCGCUACAACCACUACCACUACACCUCCCACCACUACCACUACACCUCCCACUACAACCACUACCACUACACCUCCCACCACUACCACUACACCUCCCACCACUACCUCUACACCUCCCACCACUACCACUACACCUCCCGCCACUACCAUUACAACCACUACACCUCCCACUGCAACCACAAUACCUCUCACCUCUACCACUUCCACUACAACUGAGAACACAACCACCACCACUCCAACAACAACGCCAUAUCUAAUUCACAACAUAUCGUCCCCGACCUCUACACCUUAUACACUUUAUACACCUUAUACACCAUCCUCAACACCUUCUACAGUGUAUCCUUUCCGUAUCGGGGUGCGAGCUUUGGUCAGAUCUUCUGUGCCGCUGGAUAAAGAUAAAGCCAACGCCAUUUUGCAGCAGUAUUUAUCAAAUCUAUCAGGGUACAACAUAAAGUCCAAUGUAACAAGCAUUAAGCUGGUAUGAAGUAUGAAGAGUUGCAUCAGAAGAAGGUUCUGGAAAUAUUCAAGGCCCUCAGUGUUCUUCUUUUUUUUUUUUAGUUGAGUCUAUUCACAUUAAUCAUUUUCACUUUUUCUAAAUCAUUGCUUUUGCAUUUCUUUUGAGAUCAUAGUUUAAAGGUAUAGUGAACGUAACUUUGAUUGGUUUGUCAGUAAUGAAUGAAGCAACAAUGUUAAUUUGAAUGAAUGAAUUAUUUAAUGCAGAAAUGAGAAAACGUAGAUAACUAAAAAAUUUUUGUUUCUUGUCUUUUUUUUUUCUUUUUUUUUUAAAUGUAUUGCUUAAAAGUUCUUUGCUAAUUCUCUCAAUAAAUUGACCAAUAAGCCA